UCUGGCUGUGGGCGGAUCGCAGCGGGGACGGCGACGCUCGGAGACUCCCGACAAACUGUCAAAAAGCGGACAACUGACGCCAUGGCGGAGGCGGAGCUAGACCUGAGUCUGAGCGACGCGCUGACGGACAGCGUUCCCCAGCCGGACCCCCAGGGCCGCGUGGAGAGGGACUUCGUGGCCCAGCUGGAGGCGGAGACCUUCGAGGACCAGGUCGGCGAGACGGUGGGGAAGACGGACUACAUCCCGCUGCUGGACGACGACGACAAAGCAGACGCGGGUACUGCAUUGGAGAAUGGAGAGCAGGAAGCUCACGGGGUUCAGAAACCUGGGUACCAGCUGACCUCGGGGGGGCAGAUACCAGCGGCGGGGGAGGCCAGGCCACGCCCACUGGAGCAGCAGGCGGACCUCCUGACAGGGUUCUCCCAGGCUGGGUGGAUGGGGGUGAAGAUGGAGGUUGGCUCCGCCCCCCUCCAGGCAGACAGGCCCCCGGCCCCCCAGGACCCCCCAGCAGGGUCGGAGGCUCCGAAGAGUCCCGGCGCCAUGCAGCCAGAGCCUCAGGCCCCCCGCAGCCCCCUGGAUCUGUCCUCAGGUUCUGCCGGCGACCGCUGGCCGGACGACGCCGCCUUCCUCCCCUCAGACCUGCCCUUCACCGCCAGCGUGUCCACGGUGAUCAGCAAGCACGCCGGCCAGCUGGCGGCCGGCAGGGCGCCGCCCGAGGGGCCCCCCGAGGGGCCCCCCGGCUGGCCGGGCCGCGACGGCGCCGCCUUCGCCGGGGGCGACGAGCGCGACGCCGACGGGCCGGACCGCAAGCAGAAGAAGAAGAAGAAGAGGCGGCAGAAAGACGACGGGUCCUACGAGCCCCUGGAGGUCAGGGGUCACCCCGAGGCGCCGGCGGCGGGCGAGAACACGCCCCCCACCGAGGAGUUCUACCAGCGGGUCGGGCCCCGCAGGGACGGCGGCGACGGCGGCUGGGAGGAGCAGCUGGGGAAGGGCGGCGGCCGCGGCAAGAGGGGCAAGAACCGCAAGAAGAUCCCGGAGGAGUGGGGGGGCGGGGCCUCGCAGGCGACGGUGGACCUGGGGGGUCCGGCGCCGUUCGGAGACCCGGACUCCAGCCGGGGCUCCUGGAAGCAGGACGCCUUCCCAGAAGUGGGCGUGGCCACCGAGCUGGUCCUGAACAGCGAGCUGAAGGCCACGGCCGCUCCGUUCACCAUGCCGCCCGCCCCCGGCUCCGCCCCCAUGCCCGCCCCCGGCUCCCCCCCCAUGCCCGCCCCCGGCUCCGCCCCCAUGCCCGCCGCCGCCCUGGACCCCCUCCACCUCCUGAUGGACAGCGAAGCGGCCAUGUUGGGCGGCGGCCACGCCCUCUCUCCGGCCUCGCCCCCGGGGAGUCCCGCCGUCGGGGACACGGUGGACAGCGGGAUGUUUGACUCCAGCUCCUUCCUGGACUGCGGCGUCCGCGGCGUCCCCGAGGUGGACACCUCGGCUUUCAGCCCCGCCUCCCAGCCCAGCCCGGCCGCCGCCGUGGCCUCGGCGCCGCCGCUGUCACCCGCCGACGCCUCCUGGCUCCUGGACGAGUCCGGGAUGACGCCCGGCGGCGAGCCCUUCGACCUCAGCGGCUCCGCCCACCCUCUGCCGCUCGGUCUGUCCUUCGACACGCCCAGUCCGGCGCCGCUCCGCUCGCCCAAAACCACGGCGCAAGAAUCCCAGUCCAGGGAUCACAGAGAGUCCAGGUCCGACCAGAACCAGUCCAGGAAGUCUCGCUCGUCGUCCUCGUCCUCGGUGAAGAGUCCCGCCUCCCCAGAAGCUCCGCCCCUCUGGCCACAGCCCUCCCCGGGAUCCGGUCUGAACCCCGCGGCGAAGCCCUUCUUCCCCAGCUUUGCCGACCCGCCGGAGGCCCCGGCGGCUCCUCGGGACCCCGGCGGUCCCGUCAUGGCAGCAGUGACAUCAGACCAGCCGGAGAAGAAGACGGAGCCGCUGGACGCCGGCGAGAAGAAGGACGAGCCGCUGGACGAGCUGCAGAGACGGCAGCAGGACAGCGUGAAGGUGGAGUUCAGGAGCGGCGAGACGCCGAAAGAGAAGGAGGAGAAGGAGAUACAGAAGGAGAAAGAGAAGGAGAAGGAGAGAGAGAAGGAAAAGGAGAGAGAGAUAGAGAAGGAGAUAGAGAAGGAGAAGGAGAGAGAGAAGGAAAGGGAGAGAGAGAUAGAGAUAGAGAAGAAAGAGAAGGAGAUAGAGAGGGAGAAGGAGAAGAAGGAGACAGAGAAGGUUCCAGAGGAGAAGAAAGACGGAGAGAAACUGGUGAAGGUGGACGAGCCGAAGAAAGACACAGAAAUGGGGAAAGAGAAGGAAAGAGUGGAAACAGUGCAGCAGAAGGAAGUGAAAGAGGAGAAAGAGUCCAAAGAAGAAGAGAAGACGGAGAGGGUUGAGACAAAGGUGGAGACGAAGGUGGAGACAAAGGUGGAGAAAGUGGAGAACCAGGACAAAACGGAGAAGUCCAGAGUGGAAGAGAAGGUGGAGAACAGAGCGAGUGAGAGAACAGAGAAGACAGAAGAGAAGGAAGACAAAGAGCAGCAUCUGGACGAAAAGGACAAAAAGGACCAGAGGACGGAACCUAUGAAGACGGAACCCGUCAAGACGGAACCCGUCAAGACGGAACCCAUCAAGACGGAACCCGUGAAGACGGAACCCUCCGACCAAAAGACUGAGAAGCCUGACGUGGAGACGAAGGUGGAGGAGAAGAAGGAGGAGAAGAAGGUGGAGGAGGAGAAGGAGGAGAAACCUUCAGAAAAAGAGAAGGAAGAGAAACCGACGGAGAAGAAAGACGACAAGAAGACACCGAAAACCGAAGCAGGAGAGAAAUCCAAGAAAGCGGCGAAACCGGCGGCUGACCUGAAGGCCAAGCCCGUUGCCGCGGCGACCAAACCCGCCACCGCCAAAACGCGGCCGAGCCCGGCGGCUGCCGGCGCCUCUGGCCCCGCUUCCAGGCGCCCCACACCCUCCACCACCACCACCUCCACCUCAGACAAAAAACCCAGCACACCCCGGGUAGCUCCACCCACCGCUGCCGCCGGGCCCAAGAGGCCGAUGGCCGCCGCCGCCACCGCUGCAGCCAGCCGCACCUCCUCGUCCGCCGCCACACGUGACGUGAAGCCCAAGACCGCCACGGAGCGGCGCCCCCUGCUGCCCAAGGCCGGCACCACCACCUCAUCCAGAAACGGAUCGACUGCCACGGCGGCGGCCAGCAGGACCGCCACGACGGCACCGCGCACGGCCACGUCCGCUCGCACCACCGCCGCCGCCACCGGCACCGCCGCUGCAGCCAGAAGGCCUCUGGCCUCGAAGACGGACGGGAAGCCGGGAGAGGAGAAGAAAGCCAGCAGCGUGAGGACUUCCACAGCUGACUCCACAAAGCCCCGGACCUCCGCCACCGCCACCACCCGCCCGGCGACCUCCACCUCCUCCUCCACCUCCCGCCCUCGCCCAACAGCAACCAAACCCACCCCGCCCUCCUCCUCCGCUGCCGCCGCCGCCGGCCCGGAGAAGAAGCCCCUGGUUCCCCGCACCUCCCGCCCCGCCGCCGCCGCCACCGCCGCCGCCGCCUCCAGGCUCUCCGCCCGGCCCGGCACGGCGCCGGCCCCCGACGUCCGCAACGCUCGCUCCAAGAUCGGCUCCACGGACAACAUGAAGCACCAACCGGGAGGCGGGAAGGUGUCGGCCGUCUCUCAGAGCAGGGUCGCGACCUCCAAAGACAGCAGCCAGGGCAAAGUUCAGAUAGUCUCCAAAAAGCUGGACUUCAGCCACGUCACGUCACGCUUGGGCUCCAAGGACAAUAUGAAGCAUGUUCCUGGUGGAGGGAAUGUGCAGAUCCUCAACAAGAAGGUGGACCUGAGCAAAGUGACGUCCCGGUGCGGCUCCAAGGACAACAUCAAGCACAAGCCAGGCGGCGGAGACGUCAAGAUCGAGUCUCACAAAGUGAACUUGAAGGACAAGGCUCAGCCCAGAGUCGGCUCUGAACCGGCGACCGUGAACCAGGCGGCAGGCGGAGGGAGUGUGAAGGUUGAAGGUUCUCAGGAGGCAGUCGAGGGGGGCGGCCCGGCCCCGGGACCCCCCCUGGCCCCGGGACCCCAGCCCGGACAGGCCGGAGGCCCCGCCUCCCAGGAGAACGGCCUGAAGGACGGCCCGAAGGACGGGGACCCCUGUGCUGCCGAGGGCCUCCGGGAGCCCCAGGCUCUGGACACUCUCAUCCCAGAGACAAGCCUGUAGCUCUAAACAUCAUCGCCUCCUCUCUUUUACUCCUUUACUCCUUUAUUUUUUUGUUUUUAUUUUUUUCAUUCCCUCCUUUAAACCUUCACAGAUUGAGUCUCUGGAGUUCGACCUCGCCCGGACCACCGCCUGGCCCCGCCCCCCGCCUGGCCCCGCCCCCUCCCGAGCUGACCGAUGGGCUCGUUUUAGACUUUCUGUGGUUUUUCCCAGAAGCUCCGGCUGCUUGUCGUGGUCCCACUCGACUCUGUGUUCGUGACCUCGUGCUCCAGUGGCGACGCCCCUAAAGAUCUGCUUCAGUGACCCUCCACCCCCUCCACCCUCCACCCCUCCCUCCCCGCCCCCAGACAUCCGCCGCUGUAUUUAUUUAUUGUGUUUUGUUCGUCCUGUUGAAGCAAUACGGCUCCUUUCUUCAGUUGAUUUCGCUCAUUAGCGCACAGUAACCUGGGAAACGCACACAGGGGGCGGAGCCGCGAGCUGAUUGGUCCGCAGCCCGGCGCUCGCCGCUCCGUCCCACAAACAUAUCCUCUUAAUGCUUUUUAUCAGAACGACUCAAACGAUGAGUGGAAGGAAAACGACGAUGCGAUCAGAACGCUAACGGCUGAAUUAGCUGCCCGCUAGCUUGAAAUGCUAAAAGGUCCAUAAUAAUUGAAAUGUAUUUAACAAUAAUAAAUGUCAAAAACUAGAAUAGUUCAAAUGGAAUGGAAGAGAGUGCUAAAUAAAUAAAUAAAAUGCUAAAAAGGCUUUAAUUAAUAAGUUAAGUGACUAUACUUGCUAAAAAAGCUAAAAGUUUUAAAUUAGCCUAAAGGUGCUAAAGUUUCUAUUAGCUGACGCUGAUAAAAGUGCUAAAUGGCUCAAUUGCCUAAAACACAUAAAACUCCCUAAAAAAAAAGGAAAAAGUUUAUAUUUCUGAAGCAGAUAAUAUUACCGAAGUUAUAAACACGAUAAAAAUGCUACAUUUCCCUAAAAAUGUAAAAACAGCGCGAAUUAAGCUAAAAAUGCUGAAUCGAUUAAAAAAAUGCUCUAAAAAACCUCAAACUGCUAAACUGCUACUGCUAAUCAGUUCGAAAGCCGAAUCUGAAGUCGGCUGUUUCUACCUUGGUGUUGUGGUUCCUGAACGUUCCGCCGCCGGACGUUCCUCGGUGAAGGCUGCAGACCUCGGAGCUCCGCGUCGAGACGUGGUUUUGUUGAGGGUGGAGCCGAGGAGAAGGUGUAGAAGCGUCGGAGUGGCGCCGAGGCGGAGAGACGUUGGACAUCUGGACGUAGAUGAAGGAUCGGCGGAGUGAACCCGAGUCUCGUGUCGGAAGUGUCUCUGAAUUAUUCCUGUCGUGAACGCUGGACUCCAGAGCGGCGAGUUGACCGUUCGUCUGAACUCCCGGACUUUUGUUUGAAAUGGGCGCACUCGCAACUAACUGGACGCUUUUCUUUCUUUACAAGGUAGCUAGCAUGCUAACGGGAUGCUUUUCUUUCUUUAGAACAGUAGCUAGCAUGCUAACGGGAAAUAUUCCAGUUUGGCUUCAUGUGUUGCGAAGCUUCAGGACGACAGACUCAGUGUUUUAUCUUUUCGGGAAUAAAUGAGCGGAUUUCCCAGAUGAGACGUCGCACUUCUUUAGCUGUGAGGUGAGAAAGAUUCUCUGAUCUAAAACCAAACCGUCUUUCACCACGAGAUGUCGCUGUGGAGCCACAGAAGCUGCUUCAGGGUCAGUUUUAGAUAUGAAAAGUUCCUCUCAGAUAUUCUUGUGAAUGAAGUGUCUUCUUCACAGUGUGACCUUGUGACCUUUACACGUUUGUUUCUUUUUCUCUGACUUCAGUCUGGAAAAUCCAGCCUUUAUUCCAAAAGACAGAUUUUAAACCAACGCUCAGAAAACAAAGGAAAUAUUAAUCUGAUCAAUUCCAGCAACAGAAGAAUUUUCUUCGUCAACCGAUGGUGUUUUACUUUGUUUACAUAAUCAUCAUGUUCAUCAUUCAUAGACGUCCGACUCCGUGCAGCUAGCUCAGCAGAUGCUAACGAAGCAGACGCGAGUUCAGCAGACACUAACUUGAGAGACGCUAACUCAAUAGAUGCUUACUCAACAGACGCUAACUCAAGAGAUGCUAACUCAUCAGACGCUAAUGAAGCAGACGCUAACUCAUUAGACAUUAACUCGAGAGACGCUAACUCAAUAGAUGCUAAUUCAACAGACACUAACAUCAAAGUCACUGGGUUUUUUUCUAGGAAAUUUAAGUUCUGUGUUUCCUGCAGGACUUGAGAAAAACGUCUUUAUCUGCUACAUUGUGCUAGUUAGUAGCUAGCUAGCAGCUCACAGACCAUUUUCAUCCCGCCAUGUGUUCAAAAUGCUAACCGACUCUGUGACGCUUAAUUUCCCUCCUGCUUCAUUGGGAUUUUCUCCGUUGGGAAACUUUUGACUUUUGAGUGGCAGCGAUCGGAGUGCGGAACGUCUUCCUUCUUCAAACUUUCAAAAAGGAUUUUUUUGGGAAAGACAAUGAUGUUUGAUGCUUUAACAUAGCAAAGAGGGGUGAAAGAGAAGCUUUUUGAUCAGACAGCGCGUUCUCAGCGUGGAGCUGUUGCUAUGGAGCUAGCAGAACGCAGCUAGCACAACAGAGCUAGCAGAACGCAGCUCGCAGAACGGAGAUAGCAGAAUGGAGCUGUUGCGAACAGAGCUAGCAGAAUGCAGCUAGCAGAACGGCGUAGUUUGACGGUUCUCCAGAUGAUUUCUCUUCUUUUGGUGCCUGUUAGGAACUGAAUUCCAGCUACAGGUGAGCUUUGCACACGGAUGUAAAUACAUGUCGUUGUCGAGGAGCUCAAGUGCAAAACAAUAAAAAACCUUCGUUUGUUAGUUGGUUUUUACGGGAAGUACAUCAGUUAUCACGGCGGUAGCGGUGAUUGUUAGCGGGACAGGUUGAGCUCGUUUUCACCUGAAGAGGCUCCUGAAGGUAAAGAAUGUCCUUUGAGAUUUAUUGCAGUAAGUGUAUCUAUGGUUGUGUUCCUGUGGCAUCUCGGCGCCUUUUGCUGUUGUCGCUCGCCGGGAUUUGAACCUGCAAUCAAUCCAGACCCCCAACACGCUUUGAUUCGCCGUGGAGAAACGAUCCAGAGCCUCGAGUCCAGUCGCAAAACACAGAAAGGUUCCUUCGACCGGCUCGGGGAUCUGCAACCUUUGGCGAGGAGAAGAAGAAGAAGCUAAAUCCGCUAACAUGGCUAACAAAAACAACAACAGAUUGAAAACGUAAAGUCUUUAAAACUGUGAAGAACAUUUGAAGAAGGGAAAAGUGAAACUGCUGCAACGACUUCAACCAAAAAAAUUAAUAAUAAGUGGACGAUGGUAAAUUAGCUAAAACAGCUAAUAAAAAGGGUAAAAUGGCUAAAAACUGCUAAAGAAGUUAAAGCUGCUAAAUUGGCUAAAAAUAUUCAAACGCUACAACAGAUAAAUACAUCUGACAUGUCUUAAACUGUAACAAAGCAUUUCAAAGUAAAAUAAGUAAAAACUAAAAAUUAGCUGAGAUUUGUUUAAAAGCUACAAUGGACACAAAGAACUCUAAUUUUAACAAUAGCUUUGAUUCCUAACAUGGUUAAAACUGCUGAAAUAACUGACAAAAGAAAAUGAGUUGUUAAAAGCCACAACAGCCAAGAACGCCUUCAAUAGCUAACAUUUGCUAACAGUGUUUCAACCACUCAGUGGUAAAACCGCUAAUGUGGCUUAAGCGAGCAAAAAAUGUGCUAAAGCAGCUAAGAACCGCUAAACAGCUAAAAUAGCUACAACAACCAAAAGCUGUGUAAUGGUGAGAAUAUUUAUUGAAGUUGUUCAGUUCCUGAAAUGCUCCAUAAGCUAGCAAAGCAGCGUUUUCUUCAUUUUGACGUUUGACUUGGUGAAAAGCGAGCUUUGAUGCUCUUGAAGGUUGCAGAGCCUCGGUUAGCUAAAGCUAAAGCGACCGCUGUCGGUUUGUAGCCUUUUGAGAAAUCAAAACACCAAGCAGGACAGAAGCUAACGCUAACGAACGGCGGCGCUGAACAUCACGGGGGACUCUGUGCAGGCGGAUGCUAAUUGUGGAGGUUUUCGUAUCAAGCGCAUGCUAUGCGAUGUGGGUCUGCGUUAGCGAACUCGUUGUGGUUUGAGUAGACUAGCUGUCGCCGUGGAAACAUAUCGGUUAGCCGAAGACUUCCAGCAUGCUAACAAACUACAAUGUAGACCUGCUUUAUUUACAGAACCUCCUCAGCGCUUUCUUUUUUGUGUGUUUUUCUUUUUUUCAUAAUUUGAAUUUUAUUUUUGGUUUGAAAAAGUGUUCAUUGUGAUUUCUUGUUAAUUAGUUAUGUGAUUAAUAAACAUGGAAUAAAUCGGACUAAAACUC